ACGCAAAAGGAAUAGAACUCCGUUUGUAGUCUUCGACACCCAUUUCUCUCAGUCACACACCCUCGGAAGACCACAGCUCCGGUCAUUAAGUCACCGGAAAAUUCUCGUGUUCCGUUUCCUAAUUUAGGCUCUAGCUUUCCUUGGGGAGUACCGUUUCCGGCUUCAGUUUUGCCUCGGUCUUUUGCUUCAAGGAGUUUCGAGUCUGGUCUCGCUAUAACUUUAGUUAACGGCGAGAGAAACCCCUUUUCAUCCUCUGCUGCGUCUCCUUUUGAAGUUCCCCCUCCUUGCUUCUUUUAGCUCAGUGAUCAGCUCUUCUCUUCUUCUGCUUUCUUGGGACUUUUUUACAUUGUUCAAGGGGAUACUUGAAUUGUUCUAAUUUGAGAAUUCGUUCCCAAAAAUUCUUUCUAGGUUGAAACUCUCACAUGGUAGAAUUCAUCAGUUCCGGCUUCAUUAUCACUCUUCAAAUUACCAGUUCCCCUGUUAUAGUCUGAGAGAUAGUAUUUUUGUUCUUUUCUGCCAGAACCUUGUUUCCUUGAGAAUUUCUGGUAAAGGACCGGAAAUUCCCAUCGUCCCGUCGAUCCCAACUGGUUCACAUGUCCAUGGCUGGAGCUCUUUAUAGUGGUCGUUCACUCCCCUUUACCGGGGUCAGGCACUCCGACGUACAUGCCAAUCCGGCGGGGGCUUCUCUUUCAGAUAUCCUUCUGUCAGGCGGACCUAGCGCCCUCGACUCGGUUUUUUCUUCCCGAUUCCCUGCCGAGACCCGGUUUGCUCCCGUGCCUGAGCCGCUGGGAUCGUCCGUUUACCUGCACCAGCAAGAGCAGCUGAAGCGGUUCCGGGAGUCCGGCCGGAGACGGCAUCUGCUUGGGGUGGGAAAGGGCGCGUCCUCGGCAACGUCGUCGUCGUUUCCGGCGUUCAAGAUGACGAAGAAGCUCUACAGAGGGGUGAGGCAGAGGCACUGGGGGAAGUGGGUGGCGGAGAUCCGCCUGCCACAGAACCGGAUGCGCGUCUGGCUCGGUACCUACGACACGGCUGAGGCGGCCGCCUACGCCUACGACCGCGCCGCCUAUAAGCUCCGCGGCGAGUACGCGCGCCUCAACUUCCCCAACCUCAGGGACAUUUUCCAGGCGGGGUCCUCCCCCGGCGGCGCUCGCCUGAGCGCUCUAACCUCCUCCGUGGACGCCAAGCUCCAGGCCGUCUGCCAGAGGCUUCGGAGACAAAAGCGCCAACAGGCGCCCGCGCCCUCGCCCUCCCCCUCGCCGUCUCUCUCGUCCUCAUCCUCGUCAUCUUCCGAAGGCAACGGCGCCGAAAGGGAAACUGUCCCAGAAGCAUCGCCGGAAGUGUCGCCGGAGACCGAGGUUCAGUGGCUCGGAUCGCCGGAAUUUCUGCCCGAGCUGGACUGUUGCUUGCUGGAGAGGAUGCCGUCGCUUGACCCUGAUCUCUGGGAGCUACUGGCCAGUUAGUCUGUUAGAUCAGCAUCGUGUCAAUCUUUUCCCCUUUUGUCCGUACAUAUAGUAAAAUCGUUGUGUUCUGUCCCUUCAAACGUGGGAAGUGCAAAGCCUUUCCUUUUUAA